CGUGCCGCCAACAUGGGCAACGCGGGGAGCAUGGAUUCGCAGCAGACCGAUUUCAGGGCGCACAACGUGCCUUUGAAGCUACCGAUGCCCGAGCCAGGUGAACUGGAGGAGCGAUUCGCCAGCGUGCUGAAUGCUAUGAAUUUACCUCCUGACAAAGCCAGGUUACUGCGUCAGUAUGACAAUGAGAAAAAGUGGGAACUGAUUUGUGAUCAGGAACGGUUCCAGGUGAAGAAUCCUCCCCAUACCUACAUUCAAAAGCUGAAGGGCUACCUGGAUCCAGCUGUCACCAGGAAGAAAUUCAGGCGGCGAGUUCAGGAAUCCACACAAGUGCUAAGAGAACUGGAAAUUUCUUUACGAACCAACCAUAUUGGAUGGGUCCGAGAGUUUUUGAAUGAAGAAAACAAAGGCCUUGAUGUGCUGGUGGAGUAUCUGUCAUUUGCACAGUAUGCAGUAACUUUCGACUUUGAGAGUGUGGAAAGCACUGCCGAGAGCUCUGUAGAAAAAUCCAAGCCCUGGAGUAGAUCCAUUGAGGACCUGCACCGAGGGAACAACCUGCCCUCCCCAGUGGGCAAUAGUGUUUCCCGCUCAGGAAGGCAUUCUGCCCUGCGAUAUAAUACUUUGCCAAGCAGAAGAACUCUGAAAAAUUCAAGAUUAGUGAGUAAGAAAGACGACGUGCAUGUCUGUAUCAUGUGCUUGCGAGCCAUCAUGAACUACCAGUAUGGUUUCAACAUGGUCAUGUCUCAUCCACAUGCUGUCAAUGAGAUUGCACUAAGCUUAAACAACAAGAAUCCAAGAACAAAAGCUCUUGUCCUAGAACUGCUGGCUGCCGUAUGUCUUGUGAGAGGCGGGCAUGAGAUCAUUCUAUCAGCAUUUGAUAACUUCAAGGAGGUUUGUGGGGAAAAGCAGCGCUUUGAGAAGUUGAUGGAACAUUUUAGGAAUGAAGACAACAACAUCGAUUUUAUGGUGGCAUCCAUGCAGUUUAUUAACAUUGUGGUCCAUUCAGUAGAGGACAUGAAUUUCAGAGUUCACCUCCAGUAUGAGUUUACCAAGUUGGGCUUGGAUGAAUACUUGGAUAAGCUGAAACACACAGAGAGUGACAAGCUGCAGGUACAGAUUCAGGCUUACCUGGACAACGUGUUUGAUGUGGGAGCUCUGCUGGAGGAUGCUGAGACCAAGAAUGCAGCCUUGGAGAGGGUGGAAGAACUGGAAGAAAACAUUUCUCAUUUGUCAGAAAAGCUGCAAGACACAGAGAAUGAAGCUAUGUCCAAGAUCGUGGAACUGGAGAAACAGCUCAUGCAGAGGAACAAGGAGUUGGAUGUUGUUCGAGAAAUCUACAAAGAUGCAAACACCCAGGUUCACACAUUAAGGAAGAUGGUCAAAGAAAAAGAAGAAGCCAUUCAGAGACAGUCUACUUUGGAGAAAAAGAUUCACGAACUGGAGAAACAAGGGACCAUUAAGAUUCAGAAGAAAGGGGACGGGGACAUCGCCAUCCUGCCAGUGGUGACCCCUGGUGCGCUGUCCACAGGGUCAGAGGGGGCGGCUGCGAACUUCGUGGGACCCGUGACAGGGGCUGCCUCCUCGGGACCCUUACCUCCACCUCCCCCACCACUACCUCUCUCGCCAGACACACCCGAAGCAGUGCAAAAUGGCCCUGUAACACCACCUAUGCCCCCGCCGCCCCCACCUCCACCUCCUCCGCCACCCCCACCGCCCCCUCCACCCCUCCCCGGCCCUGCAGCAGAGACUGUGCCGGCCCCUCCCUUACCGCCCCCGCCUCCUCCCUCUGCACCCCCGCUGCCUGGAACGUCCUCGCCCACAGUGGUUUUCAACUCAGGAUUAGCAGCCGUGAAAAUUAAGAAGCCAAUCAAGACGAAGUUCCGAAUGCCAGUUUUCAACUGGGUUGCUUUGAAGCCAAAUCAGAUCAAUGGCACAGUCUUCAAUGAAAUAGAUGAUGAGCGAAUUUUAGAGGAUUUAAAUGUAGAUGAAUUUGAGGAAAUAUUUAAGACAAAAGCCCAAGGUCCUGCCAUUGAUCUCUCUUCAAGCAAGCAGAAGAUAACACAGAAGGGACCAAACAAAGUGACUUUACUGGAAGCAAAUCGGGCCAAAAAUCUUGCCAUAACUUUAAGGAAAGCUGGAAAGACUGCCGAUGAGAUAUGUAAAGCUAUUCAUGUAUUUGACUUGAAGACGUUGCCUGUAGACUUUGUAGAAUGUCUUAUGAGGUUUUUGCCAACGGAGAACGAGGUGAAAGUGCUCCGGCUCUAUGAGCGGGAAAGGAAACCCCUGGAGAACUUGUCUGAUGAAGACCGGUUCAUGAUGCAGUUCAGUAAGAUUGAGAGACUCAUGCAGAAGAUGACCAUCAUGGCCUUCAUUGGCAACUUUGCUGAAAGCAUUCAGAUGCUGACUCCUCAACUGCACUCAGUUAUAGCAGCGUCUGUCUCCAUAAAGUCAUCCCAAAAACUCAAGAAAAUUCUGGAGAUUAUCUUGGCUCUUGGGAACUAUAUGAACAGCAGUAAGCGAGGAGCAGUGUAUGGCUUUAAGCUUCAGAGUUUAGAUCUGCUUUUGGAUACAAAGUCGACAGACCGAAAGCAAACACUGUUGCACUAUAUAUCGAAUGUUGUCAAAGAAAAGUACCACCAAGUGUCCCUGUUUUAUAAUGAGCUUCAUUAUGUGGAAAAGGCUGCUGCAGUCUCCCUUGAGAACGUUCUGCUGGAUGUCAAGGAACUCCAGCGGGGCAUGGACUUGACCAAACGAGAAUACACCAUGCAUGACCACAACACGCUGCUGAAGGAGUUCAUCCUCAACAACGAGGGGAAGCUGAAGAAGCUGCAGGACGAUGCUAAGAUAGCCCAGGACGCCUUUGAUGACGUUGUGAAGUAUUUUGGAGAAAACCCCAAGACCACACCCCCAUCUGUCUUCUUUCCCGUCUUCGUGCGCUUUGUGAAAGCCUAUAAGCAAGCAGAAGAGGAAAAUGAGAUGAGGAAAAAGCAGGAGCAAGCACUCAUGGAAAAACUCCUGGAGCAGGAAGCGCUGAUGGAGCAACAGGAUCCAAAGUCUCCUUCCCACAAAUCAAAGAGACAGCAGCAAGAGUUAAUUGCGGAACUGAGAAGGCGACAAGUGAAAGAUAAUAGACAUGUAUAUGAAGGAAAAGAUGGUGCCAUAGAAGAUAUUAUUACAGAUCUUAGAAACCAACCAUACAGACGAGCCGAUGCGGUGAGGAGAAGUGUCAGGCGGCGCUUUGAUGAUCAGAACUUGCGUUCUGUUAACGGUGCCGAAAUAACCAUAUGAACCCAGUACCUGCCUAUAUGAAUUGAGGGUGUGCGUGAAUAUCUGUCCACAUGAACUUUAUGUGCUACCAUUAAACUGCAGCCUUGAAUAUAGAAAAAAUAUCCUAAGGGCUCAGAUUUAGCAGACACAUAGGAACUUAAAAUUGGCGGGCUUUCCUUUCAACCUUUGUUAACAAGUGCCUCAAAGUGGAAGUACCUGCUCAGAUUAAUCAAAGCAAUAGGAUUUGAUUUGAUUAGGUAUCUUUUGACACACCAAUGUUACUCGAUUUUUUUUAACCAAAAUGUAAAUUUUUUGUUACAUUCACUACCUGCCAUUGUGAUUGUCCUAUGAUGGCCCACCUUGGUUCCCCGCAAAGUUGUAAAUAACAUGGAUGCAUCUGCUGUGGGCUUCUCUUGCUGAGAUGUCUUCUAAGGAAUUUUGUUUCAGCCAUACACGUCAGCUUUGUAUUUUUAAGGGCUUGCAAGAUAUGGGAGGAAAAUCAUGUGAUAAACUCUCUUGUUCAUUCCCAUGCGCCAACAAAGACCAAACAGGAUAUAAUUUUAGUGGCAUAGAAGGUCACUUAACUGUCUUGUUUUACAUUCUGCUACUUCUGUGCUAGGGUACAAUGACCUGUGAAAAACAUUCACCAGUAUGAUAAAAAUAUUGUCUAAGAUUUAUUUGCAGUACUGGUUCUUCUUCAGUUAGAGGCAGCUUUUAAACAAUGCAAAUGUAUUUAUUAAUGAGCACUAAACUUAACAUCUCAGUUAUCAGUAUUAGUUCUGAGACCAUUCUGGGCCAAUCUUGAGAUUAGAAAUCAGUGCCUUGCUCGCCAGAGGAAAACUUCACUAGCUCUAUCAACACAACAUUCAAGAUUACGUCUGGCAAAGUGGAGUGUUAUAACCAGGCCUUACACUCUCCUCUGACAAUGGCAAGGUUUUCCACCCCCAAGUUCUUCCUUUUGUAAAUUGGAAGAUACAUUUGUCAUUCAGAUCAAGAAGGUCCUGUUUUCCAGUUUACGUUUUGUCUGUUUUUUGGGGGGGCCAUAACUGGCAAUGCACAGGGGAUCAUAUAAGGUGCCGGAGACUGAACAGGGGCCAGUGGCACGCCAAGCAAGCGCCUUAACUAAGCCCUGAACUUCCCUCUGGCACUUCCCAGUUUACUUAAUGGGGAAUUGCAAUUACAUUGCCGAAAUACUCAUUUGGGAUUAAGUUUAAACACGUAAUGAGGCUAAAUGGCUAAGCCAUAGUUAUUUUUCCUUUGCCUCAUCUCUGGCAGGGCACUUGAUCCAUUCCAAAGUCAAAAACUGGACUGAAGCUAAUUUGUACUUUUCAUAAAACAUAUUCUGCUUCUGGCUUACCUUGGUACAUUACACCAGUAUAUUAAUUGUAAAGUUUAUUGUAUAGUAUUUAACCACUGAAUUCUUUUUGUGCUUUAUGUGAACUCCUUGGUGAAGGUCCCAUUUUCCUUGGAUAAUGUGUAGUUAUAUCUCUUUUAAAAUGUACAGAUAUUUUGCUAUGAAAUUGGUGCAGUUUUUUAUGGUUUUUACACUUCUCUUUAAUUCCCACCUAAGCCUCUGGGUAAUAUUGUAAAUAUUGUUUAAAAAUGCAUCAGCCUAUUCUAUACAAUCUGAAUGUUAUUUUAACUUAUAGUUUUUUUUUAAUAUAUAUUUAACUACAAGGACAGUUUAGGCAUCAGCCACACUUCACUUUAGUAUACCAAUUUACAAAAAGAAUACUUUUAAACUGCCGCUUGCUAGCACAUUUUCAUAAAUGUGUCCUUCAAAAAGAACGUGCCAAGAUUCUGUCUUCCCUUUGACUCUUUUAUAUUUAAAAAAAUUUUGACCAAGAAACGUAACACAAAGUCCUUUAAUAAAAUGAGCUUGUUUCUAAAGCUCAAUGUUGAAAUAAUUGCCUGGUUACCUACAAAUAAGACUAUAAUUUUGGCAUGUUCUUUUCUGUUAGUCUAUUAAUGGGCCUGCUUCUUAGCAAUAUUAGAUAUGUUUUUUAAAAGCAGUUCAUGUUACUUUUCUGGUCUUUUCAUGGCAUAUGGACAAAUAAACUAUUUACACUA